CAUUUCGUUAAAAAAAAAGAUGGUUGUAUUACCAGUUUUGUUCCUGUUGGGGUCACUGUUUCUCUGUGAUCAAGUGCAGGCCCAGUCCGACACCAUCUUAAUGCUGAAACAGGCAGCACUUAACUGGAAGGGAGCUCUGACUUGUGAAACAUCGGACUGCAAUUGCACUUUCAAUCAACAGCGCGGCUGCUGCUGUGCAGCCAGUGACAUGUUCCAGUUAGAAGAGGAUAUCUUAGAAAGGAUGACCUAUUUGUGGCAUGACAUCAGCACACUAAAAGGCAGAGUACAGUCACUCACAGAUAAAAUCAAGGUUGCCUUUAAGGCCACCAUGGACCCAAGCAUUGCUGUUACGAUUCCUGGAUCUACGGAACGUUGCUUCGGUCCAUUCAAUAUUAAUAUUCCAGUUCCCUUCUCCUCUGUCCUUCUUAACAGUGGCAAUGGAUAUAACCCGUCCUUAGGUAUCUUCACUGCCCCCUUUCCUGGUGUUUACGUCUUUUCUUUCACAACCUACUCAUCUGUGGGAGAGAAUGGGCGCCUCUACCAUAAAGUCCAGCUCAUGAAGAAUGGGAAGCACGGACCCAGUGUGUGGGAGAACAAUCGAGAGGAUACGGAGGACAGCGCCACACAGGUUGUUGCACUGGAGAUGCAGAGGGGCGAUCAGGUUUACCUUGAUCUGAUGUCCGGGAGGAAACUCUGUACAAAUCUUCAGUACAAUGUCUUCACUGGUUACAUCCUGUACCCCUACAUUGCUGCCUAAUACACCAACUGGAGAGCCAGGUCACUUCAUCUUUCUCAUUCCAGGACCUUAAAUGGAUUGAAAUCGAAAUACUAGUGUUCACCCACCAGAUGUAGGUUUGUGAUUUAUUGUGAGGCAGGUCCCAUAGUUUAAGAACCCCUGCAUUAGAUUUAAACAAAAAACUACAAAGAUGUUUGUUGCUAACACAUAAUAUGCCAAGUUUGUGCAUAGUUAGAAGAAAAUAAGAAAAUCACUUCUUCACAGUUAUUUCCAUGAUUAAGAUCUAAAUCUUUGUCAAUAAAUUAUAUAAAGUCUGUCUGUAUAAAGAUAAAGUGUGAAAUUUUUUGGUUAUGACAUAAUAAAAGUUUAGUUGACAGUGA